AGCGCCGACUGCUCACCCUUGACCCCGCCUCGCUCGCAGCCACAACACGGAAGGAUGGCGUCGGAGGAGCGCGAGCAACCGCGCGCUCGCCAACGGCUGCGGGUGAUGGCGGGGCACCUGCGGAGGCCCGGGCCCGGCACUGGCACUGAGCCCGCUACAACAACAUGCACUACCACAGCCCAGCCCGCACUCAGCCAGUGCCCGGCCCUGCAACCAGCGGCUGCCGACGGCGCACCCAAGGCGACGGGCAGCAUCCCCAGGCGGAGGCAGGAGAUCCUGAAAUGGAAUGGAUGGGGCUACAGAGACUCCAAAUUUACAUUUAAUAAAAAGGGGCAAGGUGAAUUUACAGGCAAACGGUAUCGACUUAGUGGCAUGAUCCUUCCAGCUUUGAAGGAAUGGAUGGAAAAGUCCUUUGGAGCAAGUUUGGAGCAUAAAACAACGCCAAGGACUACACCAAAUUUAGAUCUUCCAUUAUCCAUUCUAAAUGAGGAAUGUCUUAAGGACUUAAAAGACCUUAAUAUUCCAUUCUCGCAAGAUCCAGAGGAUAGAUUAAUAAGAUCUCAUGGACACUGUUUACAUGAGAUUUUUGCUCUCCGUGAAGGCAAAGUUGAACGAGUUCCAGAUGUUGUAAUCUGGCCAAGCUGUCAUUCUGAUGUGGUCAAGAUAGUACAGCUGGCAUCCAAGCACAAUGUUUGCAUCAUUCCAUUUGGUGGAGGGACAAGCGUUUCCGAUGCUCUGGUGUGUCCCACAGAUGAAAAACGAACUAUAGUUUCAUUGGAUACUUCACAGAUGAAUCGAAUAAUGUGGAUUGAUGAUAAGAACCUCACAGCUCAUGUGGAGGCUGGCAUUACUGGGCAAGAUCUUGAAAGACAGCUUAGUGAAUACGGUUACUGUACUGGACAUGAACCAGAUUCAAUGGAGUUUAGCAGCCUUGGAGGCUGGGUAGCUACAAGGGCUUCAGGGAUGAAAAAGAACAUCUAUGGUAACAUUGAAGAUUUGGUUGUGCAUAUAAAAAUGGUCACACCACGAGGUGUAGUAGAGAAAAGCUGUCAAGGCCCAAGAAUGUCAACUGGCCCUGAUAUCUACCACUUCAUAAUGGGAUCUGAAGGAACGCUUGGUGUAGUUACAGAGGUCACAAUAAAAAUAAGAUCUUUGCCUGAAUAUCAGAAAUACGGCUCCAUUGUGUUUCCAGACUUUGAAAGUGGUGUGGCCUGUUUGCGAGAGGUAGCACGGCAGCGAUGUGCUCCUGCGUCAAUUCGUCUAAUGGACAAUACACAGUUCCAGUUUGGGCAUGCACUGAAACCACAAGUGGCCUCCAUUUUUACUUCAUUUUUGGAUGGACUGAAAAAAUUCUACAUUACAAAGUUCAAGGGAUUUGAUCCCAAUGAGUUAUGUGUGACCACCCUACUUUUUGAAGGGACCAGAGAAAAGGUUCUUCAACAAGAAAAACAUGUUUACGAUAUUGCUGCUAAAUUUGGAGGACUGGCGGCUGGAGAAGAUAAUGGACAACGGGGCUACAUGCUAACAUUUGUUAUUGCUUACAUUCGGGAUUUGGGCAUGGACUAUUACAUCAUAGGAGAAUCAUUUGAAACCUCUGUACCUUGGGACCGGGUGCUUGACCUCUGCCGGAAUGUCAAGGAGAAACUCGUAAAAGAUUGCAAAGAAAAGGGUGUUCAGUUUCUCCCUCUUGCUACUUGCAGAGUCACCCAAACUUAUGAUGCUGGAGCUUGCGUCUAUUUCUACUUUGCUUUUAACUACAGAGGCAUAAGCGACCCCUUAUCUGUGUUUGAACAAAUUGAGGCUUCAGCCAGAGAGGAAAUACUUGAGAAUGGAGGAAGUCUUUCUCACCAUCAUGGAGUGGGAAAAUUGCGAAAACGAUGGUUAAAGGAAAGCAUAUCUGAUGUCGGAGUGGGGAUGCUGAAAUCUGUUAAGGAGUACGUGGAUCCCAACAACAUAUUUGGAAACCGAAACCUCCUAUAAAUCAAUUGUGCUCUGCAAUAAAGCUUGGAUUCUUGAAAAAGAAAGAAAUCCCAUUGUCUUAAACCUGAAAUCUCCAGACUAUCAAAAAAUUAACAUUUGUAAUGAAAGCAUUUAAGAUAGAAUUAUUUGGCUGAUUUCUUUAAUUUGGGAUUUGAAGCACAUACUAGCAGAAAAGAUCUGUGUCGAGUGCAGUGCCCUGUUCCACUAAAGCUGAGAAUGUUUUUGAUGAAUGUGUGCAGCAGCAAAGAUGACAUACAAAUGUCACAUUAAAAAAAAAGAAUACAUGGAGGUUGCUUACAAUUAUCUUGUUUUUAAAGGCAUGGUUGGUCAGCUCUGCAAUUUCUGCCUAUUUAAGUCCUUCAAAAACUUCUGCACUAAUUACAUAGCCAUACCUGCUUCUUACUGGUAACAUUUUUGCAUGUUAAUUCAAUUCUAUAAGCAAAUGUUACUAUAUGUUAAACUUUAUACAAUGUUCAUUUUAAUUAUAUGAUUUUUUUUCCCUUUGUUUUCCCGAGAGGGAAAAUAUAUCAUUGUACAGAGUGCACACUGUAACACACCACCUUUGUGAAUUAUGGGUUUCUGAUUAAAUAAAACACUGCAAUUGUUUACUAUUCCAGAAAUAAAUGGUUUUCCUUGUGUGCACUGGAAAUUAAAUGGACCUUAAUGUUUGCAUAGAGAUAUGUGGAUGUUACUUAUAUCCUUACUAAUUAUCUUUUGGAUUCUUUCAAUAUUGCAUAUUUUUUCAGUGUCUUUGUAUGAGGCUAUUUUAUCUUUGCUGAGCAUUAAACAGGUUACAUUGAGUUUCUGUAAAUGAAAAUCUAAAAUUACAGCAGUAAGACUUUUUAUUCGUAUGUGUACUGGAACUUGUUACAUUUAAUAUAUAACAUUAUUGUAGUGUAAUUCACUCAUUUUGCUACUCAUGACAUCAGCAUUUUUGCUUGGAUGAAAAUCAAGUUUGGUGUAUGAAAACAUUGAUCAACAUUGUACAAUGUUCUGUACUACAUUUGAAAGAUAUGUUUAUAAUUCCAGAAACAAUCCACAUUUUGCUAAAUGUGUUGCUGUUAACAUGAGUUUCUGGCAUUUUGUUUGUGAAAGAACAAGAAUAAUUAGGGACUGUCACCAAUGAUGUAUAAUCAUGUGUGAUUGAUUCUUUCUUUAGUGCCCUAAAUUGGUGUGGAUAUGGUGUGCCUUUUGCCAGAAGUAAUGUUUGUUGUAAUGUCGAUUGUUCUUUUUUUCCUUCACUUGAACUAAGCAGAUGUGCACAUUUCUCAGGCAUAGAAUUUAUUUAGAUAAAAUACAGUGAGCUAGUCACCUGCCCAGAUUUUCAUAUGUAUAAGAAACAAUCCCACCUGUAACUUGAAAAGUGAUAGCAGUGCGCUCAAAAGCAGAGAAAAGGAAGCAAGAUUGAUGCCAGUUUGAGCUGUUGAGAGUUACUGAUACCGAUGAACCUGAGCUUGGGUGAUUUUCCAUUUGUUGGGAAUGGGGAAAAUAGAGGGGGGGGGGGGGGGGGGAAUGGAAGAGUUCCUGUUGCCUUUCCACAACUCUAUGAUAAAGCAGCCUGGAGAUUGGUAGUCUACACAGCACUCGGGCUACCAUUGUGUAACAAGAGAGGUAAAGCAGACGAUGUUACAAAUACGGGAUACUUGGCUAAAAAUUGGCUCUGUGUGUUUUGGUUAAUUUCACUCUUUAUUUGUAAUAAACUUUAUAUGAAAAGUACUUUUUGAAUCUUCAAUUUCCCAUGUGUUUUUCUGGAGGUGAUUUAUAAAACACAAGCAUGUUGGAAGCUUUUUGAAUCAUUUGUAAACAUUCUGUACUUGAACACUGUUUUGUCAACCUCGUUUUCAAAGUUUUCAUAUAUUUUCAACAAGCUAUUUCUUUAACUCUCUUGGCCCCUGCAUUUCUGUUGGCAAAGCACUGACAUGAUGUAAUUUGGAAUUCACUUUAAAUAAACUUGUAUGGAAUUGCU